AUGGCAAGAGUUACAUAAAAUCCUUAUCAUUUCAAGAGUCACAUUUUCCUCCCUUUUUCCAAAAGAAAGAAAAGAGAAAGGCUUCAGAGAUACUGGCAGCUCAUCCUUUAGAUGACCUCAUGUGCUGGCCCCAGAGGCAGCCCUGGGUUGCUCUCUGGGACUCUAUGGGAAUUGACGGAUGUUGGAUCUCUGUUUGUUGUUGAUAUGAGAAUAUUAGCAUCCUCCCUUACCUGACCACCACCUCACAAUAUCUAGAGCUCUAAACUAAACAGAGGGGCAUGGACUGUCACCACUGAGCCUAGAAGCCAGGACUUGUCCUCUAAUGCCACCCAUCAACCAGACUCCCACCCACUUCUGCAGGAAAGAGUCAGUCCUUGGGAAGCAGGGGGUUCUCAAUUAGAUGCUUCCUUCCAAAACCUUCGGACACAAUAGACAUUUGGGGGGUCCCCACUCCUCGUCAGCUUUGCUCCACCCACCCUUGCUGCCCCAGGAAUACUGCAGCAGCUAUUGCUAAGCGCUCAGCACCUCAUACCCAACACUCUGCUACCUUUUACUGCUUCUGUCUCCACAGUACCCAUCCCCUGUAACAGGGAGGUCUUACACAUUCCUCUCUCAUGUUUCACAAGGGGAAGAGAGAAAACCUUCAAACUCAGGGUUCAGCAAGUUUACUGGUCCAGCCUCCUAAUCCAAGGAUUUCCAAAACCGUGAAUAUGUAUACCACAAUUUCAGUUUGUCUAUAAGAACAUUUUUAAAAAGCAUUGUGGCCACACGAUGGAUGGUGGCACAUGUUAGUCCCAGCACUUGAGAGGUAGAGGCAGGUGGAUCUCUGUGAGUUCAAGGCCAGCUUGGUCUACAGAGCAAGUUUAGGAUAGCCAGGGCUACACAAAGAGAAACUAUGUCUCUGAAACCACCCCCAAAAAAUGUGUUUAGUUACACAUAUAUUUGAAAAGCAUAACUCACAAUGAAAAGUGGUAGUGCACACCUAAAUUCCAGCACUUGGGAGAGUGAGGCAGGAGGAUUGCUGUGAGAUCAAGAUGAGCCUGGGCCACAAAAUGAGUCCCAUCCUGAACUACAGAAUAAAAGACCCUUUCCCAGAAAACAAAACCAAACCAAGGUAAUUCAUGGGUUAAACCUGAGUUUUCAGCUUUUUUUUUUCCCACUAGUUAGGUGCUCUUCCACCGAAGGAAGGACAGGGAAGAUUGGGGGAGGCAGGAAGCAGUAUUUAUAACCUCGUUUCUGUUGCUCAGGUGUCAGGUGGGGAAAGGCAGGACAGGUUAAUAGAGCCUGAUCAGAAAGAACCUUCAAUGCCAGGCUGAGAGACUGGCAGUACUGUAGAGAGGCCUCAAGGUUCUUUAGGGACCAAUUGGACAGAAUGCAUAGAAAGUUCUAGAGGAAAACAAGACAAUGGCAGUGAUGUCACAGGCAGCAAGGAAAUGCCACAAAAUGUCAUGUCCAAGAAGAGAAGAGAACAGAGUUGACGUUAAAGAUGGAAAGGAGAUAGAGAAGACCUAAAGUUGUGUAUGUGUCUUCAAUUGACCAUCCAGGCUGUACUCACUGCCUCCCUGUGCGGCAGCUCAGCCCAGAGCAGGAACCACCUCUGUAAAGACAGGAGCACACACUCCAGGAUGGUAGCCAUCUGCCCGUGGAGCUGCCGAGCACUCGAAACACAGCUAGUAUGACUGUCACGGCCAGGGGCUUUGGGCCACUGCUACAGUUUGCCUACACUGCCAAGCUGUUACUCAGCCGAGAGAACAUCCGGGAGGUCAUCCGCUGUGCUGAGUUCCUGCGCAUGCACAAUCUGGAGGACUCCUGCUUCAGCUUCCUGCAGACCCAGCUCCUGAACAGGGAGGAUGGCCUGUUUGUUUGCAGAAAGGACAGUGCGUGCCAGCGCCCCCAAGAGGACCAUGGGAAUUCUGCAGGAGAAGAGGAGGAAGAAGAAGAAACAAUGGACUCAGAGACAGCUAGGAUGGCUUGCGCCACAGACCAGAUGCUCCCAGACCCCAUCAGCUUUGAGGCCACUGCCAUCCCAGUAGCAGAGAAAGAAGAAGCCCUGCUCCCUGAGUCUGAGGUACCCACAGACACCAAGGAAAACUCAGAAAAGGGUGCACUGACCCAGUACCCUAGAUAUAAGAAGUACCAGCUUGCGUGUACCAAGAACGUCUACAGUGCACCCUCACACGGUACCUCAGGGUUUGCAAGCACAUUCAGUGAAGACAGUCCUGGCAAUAGCCUCAAGCCGGGGCUCCCCGUGGGACAGAUUAAAAGUGAGCCACCCAGUGAGGAGCCCGAGGAGGAGAGCAUCACCCUCUGCCUGUCCGGAGAUGAAACCGACAUCAAAGACAGACCAGGAGAUGUCGAGAUGGACCGAAAACAGCCCAGCCCUGCCCCUACCCCCAGUACCCCUACUGGAGCCGCCUGCCUGGACAGAUCCAGGAGUGUGUCCUCUCCUUCCUGUCUGCGGUCUCUGUUCAGUAUAACAAAAGGUGUGGAGGCCACUGGCCUGCCCAGUACAUCUCAGCAACCCUUUGUCAGGAGUUCAGCAUGCCCUUUCAACAAGGGGAUCUCUCAGGGUGACCUUAAAACUGAUUACACCCCUUUGGCAGGGAAUUACGGACAGCCCCACGUGGGCCAGAAGGAUGUGUCCAACUUCGCGAUGGGGUCGCCACUCAGGGGGCCCGGGCCGGAGACUCUCUGUAAGCAGGAGGGAGAGCUGGACCGCCGGAGCGUCAUCUUCUCCGCAAGUGCGUGUGACCAACCGAACACUCCAGUGCAUUCAUACUCUGCAGUGAGCAAUUUGGACAAAGACCUUUCGGAGCCGGUGCCAAAAAGUCUAUGGGUGGGAGCUGGCCAGUCCCUCCCCAGCUCCCAGGCUUACUCCCACAGCGGACUGAUGGCUGACCACUUGCCAGGAAGGAUACGGCCCAACACCAGCUGCCCGGUGCCAAUCAAAGUCUGUCCUCGCUCACCUCCGCUCGAGACCAGGACCAGGACCUCCAGCUCCUGCUCCUCGUAUUCCUACGCAGAGGACGGGAGCGGGGGCUCCCCCUGCAGCCUCCCUCUCUGUGAGUUCUCCUCUUCGCCCUGUUCCCAGGGAGCCAGAUUCCUUGCCACGGAACAUCAGGAACCAGGCCUGAUGGGAGAUGGAAUGUACAACCAAGUCCGACCCCAGAUUAAAUGUGAGCAGUCUUACGGAACCAAUUCCAGUGACGAGUCUGGAUCAUUCUCAGAAGCAGACAGUGAGUCGUGUCCUGUGCAGGACAGGGGCCAGGAGGUUAAACUUCCUUUUCCUGUCGAUCAGAUCACAGACCUUCCCAGGAACGACUUCCAGAUGAUGAUCAAGAUGCACAAGCUAACCUCAGAACAGUUGGAGUUCAUCCACGACAUCCGGAGGCGGAGUAAGAACCGCAUUGCAGCCCAGCGCUGUCGAAAGAGGAAGCUGGACUGUAUUCAGAACUUGGAAUGUGAAAUACGGAAACUGGUGUGCGAGAAGGAAAAACUGUUGUCGGAGAGGAAUCACCUGAAGGCGUGCAUGGGGGAGCUCCUGGACAACUUCUCCUGCCUCUCCCAGGAGGUCUGUCGAGACAUCCAGAGUCCAGAGCAGAUCCAGGCCCUGCACCGCUACUGCCCUGUCCUCAUACCCAUGGAUCUCCCUGGAGCCAGUGUUAACCCUCCUCCUGUGGGUGUUGAGCAGAGCCUUGCACCCUCCCAGUGUGCAGUAGGAGGAAGUGUACCCUGCUGCCUGGAGCCAGGGGCGGCUCCCCCGGGGCUCCCCUGGGUGCCCAGCAACACCUCUGAGAAUUGUACCUCUGGGAGGAGGUUGGAAGGCAGUGACCCUGGAACAUUCUCAGAACGAGGACCUCCCCUAGAAGCCAGGAGCCAGUCCGUGACGGUGGACUUCUGCCAGGAAAUGACUGAGAAGUGUACAACGGACGAACAGCCCAGGAAAGAUUAUGCCUAGCCGGUGUGAUCAGCUCUGCCCUACCCCCAACCCCACUCCCGGGUCUUCACACCUCUCUCAUCUGGGUGAUCUUCUGCCAGCCAGUGGCGCGGUUCAUCUGUGUCUUGAAGAACCAAGAGCGAAUUUGGUGCACACUACAGCAGUCUUAGCAGCAAUACUGUUUCGAAGUAUUCCCUCCUCUCUCUAAACAGGAGUGCUAGUUAUCUUCAUAAUGGUGCUACCCCUUGCCCUGGCAAGGAAGACAACAGUGUCGACACUGUCUGUCUGUGGGUUCAUUGCAAACUUCACAGGGAUAGACUACACCUCUAGGACCCAACCACGGAUUUUUUUUCUCAGUGGCCCAUGUCACAAACCCUAUCUCAGGAAUUUCUUCUGAAUGUUCAAUUUUUUUCAUUGAAGACAGCUUCUAUACACAUCAAAGUUUUAUAGCUAUACUGUGUACAUAGUAUAUAUAAUAUAUAUGAAAUAUAUAUCCAUAUGCAAAAAGUCCUGCAUGCCUCAAUUUUCUUAUCCCUGAAACUGGAAACUUCAUUUAUCAUUUACAAACAGGUUCCAACAUUCCUCUUUUUGUGUCUGAUGCCAGAACUGGUUUCGAAGCUGUUAACAUGGCUGUUUUGCUUGCUGCACAAUUCGGUUUCCGUCUGUACUUAUUUACAGACAAAAUUCAAUGUUGGGAGAUGCUUCUCAAGGUUCAAUCUCAGACCUUUUACUUUCGUUGGUUUGGUUUUGGUGCCGCCGAACGGUGUCAGGUGAGCACCGUGAAUCCGCUCUUCUCCCCUUGUGUUUUCCCCUCGUCUCUGUGGAUACUGUACAGCAAUGGUCAACUUUGCCACUUGCACUGAGUUUUGAGUCAAACCUAUUUUCUUAAAUGAAGUUGUAACUUCAGUAUAACUCAAGUAUAUUGUAUAUUCUUUGCUUUUAGUUAAAAAAGUAAAACAUUUUAGCUAAUUAAAAAGCACUCAGGUGAUAAUUAUGUAGGAAAAAAAAAACAAUCUUGCC